AUGACCCAGAGCGCCCACAACUACGAAGGGCACCUAUCCCCCGAUCCCUAUGCACUCGAGACGCCGGAUGGCCGUAUUGCGCACACUUUGACGGCCUGCACGAGGUGUCGAAAGCGGAAAUCAAGAUGCGAUCCCGGUAUCCCUCGCUGUGCGCCUUGCGAACGAAGCAAUGCGAGGUGCGUCUACUACGACUCGGCUCGCGCCCAGACAGUUUCCCGAUCCCAUAUUGUGGCCUUGAGAGAAAAAGCCCGCGCGCUCGAACGAGAGCUGGCCAAGGCGGAGCAGGAAAUCCAGCACACGGCCGAUGCUGAGCUCAUGGUGCGGGGUGCGGGACGGAUUCGUUUCUCGGACAAUGACGAGCCUCGAUAUUUGGGCGCCUCCAGUGGUAUCGCCAUGACGCGGCUGGUCAUGGAGAUUGCAAAACAGAACACCGACUCCAAAAGCAUCAAAGAUGUCGUUCCGGAGCUGACGGCUCAGGAAAUCAAGGCUGCUUUCGCUCAAGAAGACGCCAAACCGACCUCAAAGGUCUACCCCAUGAUCAGCUCAAUCCCUUCGGACAGCCUACCUCCUCGAUCUCUGACGGAGAGACUCAUUGAUCUGUUUGUCGCAAAAGCCCAGGCACUGCUCCCGACCCUACACAUUCCGAGUUUUCGUCGGGAAGCCGAAGAGGUGUUUGAUGGAUCCACCGAUCCGUGUCAUAACUUCCAAUUGCGCAUGGUAAUUGCCAUCAGCAUGCAGAAAAUGAGUCCAGCUUUCGCCGGAUUGGCAGACAGCUUCUACCUGGCCGCCCUUCCCUUCUUGGAGUCCACUUUGAAGCGGAUGGACUUGCGGGCAUUGCAGUGCCUCGUGCUGAUAGCGCAAUACUCCAUGUUGACUCCGACGAGAACCGCUUCGUACUGGGUGGUGGGCACCGCCAUGCGAAUGUGUCAGGACUUGGGCUUCUGCGAUGAAGCUACCAUCACCCAGUCGUCCCACGGAAAGCCUCUGAACCCGCUGGAGUUGGACAUGCGCCGCCGCCUGUUCUGGAUCGUGUCAUCCAUGGAGUUCGGUCUGUCUCAUAGUCUGGGCCGUCCAAGCGCCUGGAGUGUGACACAUGACAGCGUGAAUGUCCAAUUCUUUGAACUGGUGGACGAUCGCUUUAUCACCGAAGAGGGGAUUAACCCUCACGCGAAGCCGGUGAUGGCAAAGUGUAUUGCCAUCCACUUUUUCAAGAUGCGCAUUCUUCAGCUCGAGGUACGCCGGAUGCUGUACCUGAAUCGACGCGACACCCCGACCCACGAUCAAGAUCCCUGGUUCCAACACAUGCUCGCCAAGGUCGAUCACUGGGUGGAAACUUGCCCGAAAAAUGACGACGGCUCCGGACUGAAUGUGAAAUGGUUUCAAGGCAGACGAAACACCAUGAUCAUUCUCAUGCAUCGCCCGUCGCCUCAAAUACCAGAACCCUCCGUUCAUGCGGCCAAGAUUUGCUAUGAGGCAGCGACAUUCAACAUUGCCAUGCAUCAUGAACAAACCUUCACACAAUCAGUAGACCUGACCUGGAUCUUCACCCAAUCUCUGUUCAUGGUCUUCAACAUUGUGCUCUGGACGCUUUCCUACCCCGAAAUUCGGAAAGAGCAUCCCAUCGACGAGGUUCAGUCGUACCUCGAUAUGGCCCUCGAAGUGAUUGUCCACGCUGCCGAGCGAUGGCCGGGCGUUCAAUCGGCCUUGAUCCUCUACAAGCGCCUAGUGGAAGCUUGUCUCAAGGCCUAUGCCACCGAAGAGUCUUUCGUGGUCCACUCCCCAUCCAACCAUCCCACCCCGACUUCAUCGCAGGAGGUCGCGACUCCUCCGGCCAUGUCCAGCCCAUCAACAAGCACGACGACGUCUUUCUAUACGCAUCGAAAUCGCGCAGCCACCCACUCCAUUGGAGAUAGUGCAUCGGCAGGCACCGUCUCCAGAGGUCCCUCGGUCGACCCUCCCGGCUCGUACAGCAGUGCGACUCCGAAUUACACUACUCCUGCCUUUACUUCACACCCUGCAGAUACUAGUCACCUGUCCCCAGUGACCUCAACCUAUGACCUCCAGUCGACUAUUGCAGCCACAGAUGCGGAUUUGCAGCAGGCACCGCCUACAUACUGUGCAACAUCAGGACCUUUCUCUGACCUUUCUAUCGAUCCGAAUACCCCGCACAACGCAAUGCCUUCCAUAGUGCCCGGUCUACAAGGCUGGGAUCCGAAUUUCUCACUGGCGUCCACAACGGCCAGUCAUCUGGCCUAUAUCGAUGCCACCGUGGAUCCAAUGCAAUGGACUCUCUCCAUUGGGGAUCAAUACUCGAAUUACUUCAAUGAGCCGUUCCCCACGCCAUCAUGGAGGGAGCGAACACUUAGCCAACAAGAGCAGAUUGAGCUGAUGGCAUCCUUGGAGUAUAACAUUCCCGAUGUCUCAGCUCAGUUGGGGCACGAAUCCUAUGCCUUCUAUCAGUCCUAG